CGAUUACGUAGACAUAUCAGCCUCUCGUAAUCUAUCUGAAUCAAUUUCUUUAAAGAGGAUAUAGAAUUUGACCAAAUCUGGCUCAAUGAGAGUGCUAGAGACUGAAGCGACACCGUCGUAUAACAUGGGAAAGAAUAAGAAGCACAAACUUCGCAAGACCAAAGAGGUGUCAGACUCGUCAGAUGAUGCUUUAGGAGUGCCACGCUGUAAUCACAUUAACAUGGCUGUUAAUGUAGCAGCCAUGAAAAAGGGAUUAGUAAAACAAGUAUAUGGAGAGUGUGCUUCAUGUACCAAUGAAACUACUCGUAAAACCACAACAGAAGGGGACACAGGCCAGGAGGCAGAGGCGUCCUCUGCUCUGGAAGUAGAACCAACUCUCUGGGUUUGUCUACAAUGUGGAAAUCAGGGAUGUGAUCGUAACUCUCGGGAGAAGCAUGCAUUGAAGCAUUACGAGACACCAAGGUCUAGCUGUCAUUGUCUAGUUAUUAACACCACCUCAUGGACAGCAUGGUGUUACAAGUGUGAUGAUGAAGUUCCUAUAGAGCAAAGUAAGAGGUUACAGGAGAGCAUAGAUAUUAUAAGGAAGCAGGCAGGACUGCCCCAGACUGAUAUAGGUCGUAAACAAAGUCAGACUGGUAGCUCAACUGGAAUUAUUGAGCAGUCCUCCAAAUCCUCCACUUUGACACCAAGGUCAUCAGGAGUGUGUUCAAAGGUCAAGGGUUUGAGUAAUCUUGGAAAUACAUGUUUCUUCAAUGCAGUUAUGCAGAAUUUGACUCAGACACCUUGCUUAGAAUCAGUGGUAGUAGAGAAAAGUAAAAAGGGUCGCUCAUGUACCCUCACCUGUAAACGGGACAGUGACCUAGAUUCUAGCUCAGGGUCAGAUGACAGUGAUGAGGAGAUAUUACCAGACCUUGCUCCUAUAGAAAUAUCAUUACCAGAAGCUGGUCCCUUGACACAGACCAUGAUAGCAUUUCUACAAGAGAUGAACAACUCCUCUGGUCGUUCUAGCACUGUUAAUCCUAUUCCCUUGUUUAGUCAGAUAUGCAAAAAAGCCCAAAGAUUUCGUGGUUUUCAGCAACAGGAUAGUCAUGAACUUCUGCGAUACCUUUUGGAUAACAUGAGGAUGGAAGAAAUCAAGAGGGGACAAGCUGGGAUAUUAAAGCACUUCAAGCUGCCAGAGAAUGUCAACCCAAAGAAAGUGGAUGACGAAAUGAAAAUUAAAAUCAAAGAAUACGGACGCCAAGUAAAAUACACCUUUGUAGACUCUUUAUUUGGUGGAUACCUGAUGAGUACAGUUACAUGUGAGGAAUGUAAAAAUAUAUCCCAGAUAUUUGAGCCCUUUCUGGACCUGUCCUUGCCAGUGACAGAGGAGAAACCCCAGCGGCCUAAUCAGAUGUUGGGAGGGCGUAAAAAAGACAGUUUGGAACACCAUGAGGAAACCGUUAUAGACCACACAGAUAGACCUAGCAAACAUAUGGAGAGGAAGCUGAAGAAACAGGCUAAAAAGGAGGCUAAGAGGAAAGCAAAACUGACUAAAAAUCAAGUGUUUCCAUCGGAUGACCCGAGUUUGCCAAAAAAUGAAGAGGAUGUAGAUCAGGAGGAGGCAGAAAAAGAAGAAGAUGGAGGUUCUAAAGACCCAGAGGAGGAGUCCAGCAGUAGAGAGGACCCCUCAGAUGCUGACAUAGAAGACAAUCUGGAGAGUGAUACCUCAAAAUGUUUUAGUAAACUCAGUUUAGAAAACUCCCUAGCUGAGCCCUCACAGUCAUCUCAGGAAAAACCAGAGGUGGAUCAAACAAGUAACCAAGGGGUGGAUAGUGGUACCUCAAGCAGCAAUACUGAUACGCUUACCUCAGGAAAUAGCACCUCAACAAUUAAACAGGAAGACUCCUCAAUAGGGAAAGAUGGAGGAUUGGUCAGUAUACCAUCAACCACUCAAAGCUACAGUACUGACCUCAAAACGCCAGACAAUAGCACAGAACCUAAAUAUAAUGGUCAAACAGAAAAUCCUGUUUUUCAUAACGAAUGCGUUUCUCAUGAAUGCACUCUGUCUAAUUGCAAAGAGAAUGGUGGAUUGGAAAAUAACAUGGAAUGUGACAAUGAUGUUGACAGUUGCUGUAAAAUGGAUUCAGAAUGCAACAUUGGUAUUCCCAAAAUAAACCAUAUACUUAGUAAUGGUUUUGGAGAAACUGACAAUUGUGGUAGGACUACUAGUGAAAGUGUGGAACCUCAGACUGGGUCAGAUCAGAUCAAGGAGGAGGUCCGAGUGAAUGGAGAACCUAUGCAUUCCCACUCCAGACACAAUAGCACAAAUAGUGAAGUGACAGCAAAGUUAGGAAACUUAAUUCUAGAAGAUUCAUCUGUAGUCAACAGUGUUGAAUACCUUCAAGAGAAUGGAAUAGUAGAUUUGCAGAGUGGUGGAUCCAAUUGUGAGAAAAUAAGUGUUAGCACUCCACCUCCACAUCAUUCCAAAAGUGUGAAAGAUAUAAAGAAGGAAGCGUUGGUCAGGUCAAAGGUCACCCUAGGGUCACGGUAUCACCCAGCAUCUAGGGAGUGUACCAUAAUGACAUGUUUACACCAGUUCACCUCCGCAGAGUUACUGACUGGCAACAAUAAGUUUGGAUGUGCUAAUUGUACGCAGAAGAAAUACUGGCACAAUCAAGGUGUCAGCAAAGAUAAGAGAGAAAAAGUUUAUUCAAAUGCAGCAAAGCAGUACUUAAUAUACACACCCCCAGCCGUGCUUACUUUACACCUUAAACGAUUUGAGCAGGUGGGUUUUAGUUCUCGCAAGGUGAACAGGCAAGUAGAUUUCCCAUUUGUUCUGGACCUAGCCCCUUACUGCAGCUCACUGUGUCAGGGUGUUAGACCAGGACAAAAGAAAAUUCUCUAUGCAUUGUAUGGAGUAGUGGAACAUAGCGGGCGCCUAAAUGCUGGACACUAUACAGCAUACGUCAAAGUCCGACCAAAUAUCGGUAUUACAGGAGACUUUGUUAACUCGGGAGCACCCUCUAUCAAUGACUGUAUCAAACGUUACCCAGAACAACAGAACAGCACUGCCAGUCUAGAAGAACAGGAGGAAAGUUUGGUGGAUCGUCUGGUACCACCUGGUAGGUGGUACCACAUCAGCGAUAGUCGUGUGAGUGAGACCACGGAAUCCACUGUCCAGAGAGCCCAGGCCUAUCUUUUGUUUUAUGAACGAAUUUAUUAAUGUGUGUUCAAAGUUAGGGAAAAUAAGUGAUUGCAAAUUCUUUUUCUAUGUGUCAGUUUUUUUUGUAAGAAUUCUGUAACAAUGAUGGGAAAGAAUCUUUCUUUAAUUUUCAAUACAAAUGUUCUUAUGAAAUGUGAUUCAUUUUAUUAUUAUCUUAAGGGAAUUGGUCUGAAUAUGAAAUUGUAAUGAAAGCUUGUUAAUUUUGAAGUUUGGUCUAAUUGUUCAUUAGGUAUUGGAUGAUUGGUGCAAGGGACAAUACCCAAUUAGAUUUCAUGUAGUUUGUAUGAAACUUGUUAUAGAGUUACUUCUUUAAGUGAUAUUAACAAUAUUCUAUAUGAACGUCAGAUACAGUCUGUACUGUGCAUUUAAUGACAUUUGUUCUUGAAAUGUACAACACUGGAAAAAAGUCUUUCAGGUCAUUUAUUAAAAAUAAAAAUUCAUGGUUGUUCUAUAAAAAUGUGCAUAAUUUUAUGCCUUGAAAUUACUCAAUUCUGUAUCCUUCAAAUUGCAUGUACAAUGUACAUGUAAAAAUACCAUUUUUUAUGGAGACAACAUGCAGCUCUGAUGAAACGAGUACUUAUCGUCCAGGUACUGUAUUGUAUAUUAACAACUGAACUUUGAUGGAUUAGUUUACAGUGCAAUCAUUACACAGUCAUGUACAAACUCCCAGUAACAGAAUUAAUGCCAUAUGUCAGUGACAGACAACAAUAAAAGAUUGUAUAAUAAAUUUGAAUGUGUAAACAGCCAUAUCAUUUUGCACCAGUUAAACUCAAUAAAGAUCAUAACUUUAGGUAAUUUUAGGUCUACCACAUAACCCUUUAAGUAAGGCUUUAUCAAAGUAUGUGAGAGACAGUUGAGUCAUGCAUAUAACUUACAACUACUCAAUCCAUUACAUUUGCCAUAUAUUUACAACUGCAUCAUUUGAUAUGAUUUUUCUAGAGUCUUUUUUAAAAAUAAUAGUUAAACCUUAGUUUUGAGAUAAAACCAUGUGUUAUUAACCAUGAGUUUUUAUGUUUGGAAUAUGUUAGAGAUCUACAUGUAGUAGUUUCAUGUGUACAUUGUUACUUUUGAACGGUAUUUGUUUUUAUUCAAGAUAGUAGUUCUGAAAGAAAAAGCCGUGCUGUAUAUCAGAAUUCCUUUGACAUUAAAAUGUACCAAGAUAAAUUUUAUUGAAGCGAGAAAUAUAUUUGUUGAUACAACUUUGAAUUUCUAUUUAUAUGUAUCAUAUGGUACAAAUGAUCUAGUAAAAACGGAUCCCUACAAAAUCAUGUUAUUAUGAAUGUAUGUUGUUAAUGAUGAUCUUGACUGUUUUUGUGAUACAAUACAGAUAUCUUCUGAAUAAAUUUACUUUACAUUUUCA